CUUGCAGACACAACUUAACUUAUUAUCAUUAUUCUAGACUCUCUCUCUCUCUCUCUCUCUCUUUCAAUCUUCCAAUGCCAAUCACCCUACCCCUCCCAAUCGACCAGGAUGGCGGACAAGCCACGGCGCAUUCUGGAGAAAUCCAAAACCGUGCGUCGGAGGUAUCAGCGCAGCAAUAAGCGGUUCCAGUUCACGGCGUCGCAGAUCGAGCGGAUCGAGCGGGAAGAGGAGCGAGAGCGCCGCGCGGCCAAGCUCCGGGAGAAAGAGAAGAAGCUUCGGGAGAAGAAAAAGAAGAAGGCGGAGAGAGAGGCGAAAGCGAGAGAGGAGAGGAAACGAUUGGGAUUGCCGGAUCCGAAUGCUCCUAAGGUCUCGUCGAGUCAGCCGCUGUUGGUGGAUUUCUUUGGGGCGAAGAAGUCGCUGCAGCCUGCUCGGGAGGAGGAUCGAUCACAGGAGUCGGGCACAGAGUAUAGUGAUAGUGAGGAGGGUGCGGGUAGUGUCAAUGGUGACGGGGGACAGGAUGCGAGUGAAGAAAAGCGAAUAGAAGGGGAGAGAGCGGAUGCUGAUCGGAGUAAUGCCGGACAGGACAGUGAAGAAGGAUACUGUGAUCUGGCUGAUGAGGGGGAUUUCAGUGAAGCAGAGACGGUAGUGCUGCACAAUGAGGAGAAUGUGAAUGAUAACACUGUCCAUGUUGCAUUGAGGCAGUCUUCGCGGGACCAGGUUGCCAGUCACCUCCUCCAAUCACUAGGUGAUUCCUUCGAAGAUGACACGUCGAGGUUGCUACAGGAUCUCCUCCCUGACGAGCUGGACGUUGAUGAUUAUCUCGCGAAAGAAGAGUCCGCAGUCAAUACGCAGCGCUACACUGCCGGUACUUCAAAGAUGACUGCGAACGAAGGUUCUCUAUCCACCCCGAAGAUGGAACAUCCAUCGGGAAACGGUCAUAAUGAAAACGCCACUAGCUGUGGUCCACCGGCGACAAAUCUCGAAGCAGCAGUCGAUAAACAUUCCGAGCCAACGGCGGCAGACCCUCCAGAAAUGCCCAUUGAUAUCUACCAAGAUCCAGAGGACAUACUCGCCGGUAUAUCAACUCAGGACCUAACCGAUGGCGAUGAUGAUGAAAAUGAUGACUUCGAUGAUAAGGAAAAUCUACAUCCGAACAUUGUUCGAGGACAGCGCCCUCAAGUGAGAAACACACCUCGUCGUCCGAAGCCAUAUAGCAAGCUUCAAGCAAGUGCUGAAAGAGAGCCACUAUCACUCCUCAACCGGGACUCUUCUGCAGAAGUAGACGACGACGACGCAUUACGGAAGUCGCCGUCCCUCAAACCGCGCCAGAAAUACACCCCCAGGGACAUGCAUAAGAUAGCGGGUAUGCCAUCCCGAUCUUUCAGCGCACCGGCUUCACACCCUUCCGUACAGGCGAGCCUUUCGAGAACUUACUCAAUCACUGAUGAUGACGACGAAUUCGGCGACCUUGACCUUUCACCAGAAGAACUCGAGGCUUUAGGAGCCUUGUAGUCAGUCCAUCCUGCUAUACCAUUCUUACUCAUCGCCUAUAUCAGCAAUUACGGACUUCAUUUUGCAUAUGCGCGUUCAACAUUUGGCUGAUAUUGAUAUUUUUUUGCAUUCUUGGAGUCGACUCAACGGAUGCUACGACCCUACUUCCACAUCACAUCAUACUUCGGUAUGAUAACUCGGUAUAAAUUGGACUAAAUGGGGUUCUUAUUUGGCGUUUUUUUUUUUUUUCUCUCAAGCACAGUUUUGAUUCUACAGCAUCUGUAGAGGAGGCGCAAUAUGUAUUUUUGGUUUAGUUUGUUCGUUGGUUCGUUGAUGAUAAAACGUUUUCCACAAGAUUAGAUAGAUAGAUAGAUACCCAUUUUCUUGUUUUAUUUCAGGAUCAUUCAACUUCUUUCAGCAUACAUUGUAUAUAUGUAGUAGUCAUCGUUAUCAAGAAUUACACCGGUU